AGAGGUUCCACGGCCGGUAGCGGGGACUCGGGCGCCGGCAGCGCAGCGAGGUUCCCGGGGCCGGGCCGGGCCGGGACCGGCCGAGAGCGGGUCCAUGGGCCGAGUCCUGCCGCGCUGCGGGGCGGCGCUGGGCCUGGCGCUGCGCCUGCUGCUGCUGCUGGGGGCUGUAGCCCUGCGGGGGGGCCACUCCCGCCUGCACUCCAGGCGCGCGUUCCACACGGUGGUGUCGGAGCCCGGCCCGGGGCUACCCUGGUACAGCUGUGUCAGCUACGUGGAUGAUCAAGUCAUCUACGUCUACACCAGCGGGAUGCAGAGGGUGGAGCCCCGCACAGUGUGGAUGGCGCAGAAUGAGGGCCCGGAGUUGUGGGACCUUCGGCUCUUUUGGUCAUGGCGCUGGGAGGCCUGGUUCAACGCGAGUCUGAAGACCCUGGGUGAGCUCUACAACCAGAGCGAGGGGUUUCACAUUAUCCAGAUGAUAUACGGCUGUGAUCUCCGGGAAGACAACAUCAUUCAGGUGUUUUACCAGGAUUCAUAUGAUGGACGAGACUUUCUUACUUUGGAUAAGGAGACCAUGACUUGGGUAGCAGCAGAUAUUGGGGCUCAGAUCACCAAGAGGAGAUGGGAUGCUGAAGUAGAUGACAACCAGGGAUGGAAACACUACCUGGAAGACCACUGUAGAGAACGUCUUAGCCAGGAAAUAGAGUUCGGGAAGGAGACUCUACAGAGGAAAGUGCGCCCAACAGCUAGAGUGAGUGACAGGUCAUCUCAUGACGGCCUCACCACCCUCUCCUGUAAGGUCAGUGGGUUCUACCCCCGGGACAUCACCGUGACCUGGCUGAGAAAUGGGGAGAGCAGACAGCAAGAGACCUACUCUGAAGGCAUCCUACCCAGUGGGGACGGGACCUACCAGACCUGGGUGGCAAUGGAGAUUGAUCCCAAGAUCAAAGCCCAUUAUUCAUGUCACGUGGAGCAUGAAAGCCUGUUAGAGCCACUCUCCAUUUCCUGGGAACCAAAUAACAGUCUGAUUCCCGUUGUGGCUGGAGUUAUCACUGCAGUUGUCCUGGUUGGUGUUAUAAUCGGAGUAGUUGUCUGGAAAAAGAGAGACCCAGGUAAAGAGCCUGGGAUGGGGGGAUUCCCUGGACUUACUGGGCCCUGCACACUGGCCUAAGGACAACAGCAGUACAGGAGCCAGUGUCAGUGUGGUGUAACUGCCCCACUGCGAGACUGAGCUAAUGACACCUAAUGGGAGCUGCUGGAGGGCCAGACCCAGAAACUGGGUGUGGGUUACGGUUUAUAUGGGGUUAGGUUUUCCGAAGAGCUCAGCACCCAGUGAACUGAGGUCUUUUGAAACUCUGUCUCAUUGUGUUUUUCUCUCCUGUCGAUCAUGAGCACUUCGGACCUUGAGUCCAUUACUGAUUACUAGGGGUCCAUGCUGGACCAGGAACCAUAUUUCUGAGCUGCGGACACAGAUUGGAGUUGGUUACUACCUUGGGAACUUCAUUCACUGAAAUUUGCCUUUUUUUCUGCAGGGAGGAAGGGAGAUGGCUACACUGUAGCUCAGAGUAAAUGACAAGAGACUCAUUCCCUCUUAUCAAGUGGCCAUCGCUGAACAGCCAUCAGUAUUUGCUUGUGGAUUUUAGCCUGGAGCCACUGGCAGGAGAUCCUCGCUCCCACUCAUAGGCCUUGUCUACACUGAGAAUUUUAAGGAAAUCUCCAACUAUUGUUCUAGUACAGGGGUCAGCAACUUUUCAGAAGUGCUGUGCCAAGUCUUCAUUUAUUCACUCUAAUUUAAGGUUUUGCGUGCCAGUCAUACAUUUUAACAUUUUU